CUUCAGUGUUGGACGCAUCUCAUUCCAAUGUUUGUAAACAUUCCCUGGACCCUGAGGCUGAGCUUAUAAGCGAAAAACUGCUUUAGUUGGAAAGUCUUUCGCUCAUUAUGUUCUCUUCAUCUUCAAAUAACCUGAGCAAAGUUCACACAAGUCAAACAAAGUUCAUACAAGAAAGAAUAGCUGGAGUUGAAAAGCAUUUCGGCCAGAUCUGCACUUCCCUUGGGGCCUACACAAGAAAAACAGCACGCCUAAGGGACAAAGGAGAUGAAGUAUCUACAGCCCUUCUACGCUAUGGAGAGGUGGAAAAUCUUAACAAAAGCCUGCGAUCAUCUCUCUGUGAAACUGCAGAUACUUUAGCUGCAGUUCAAGAUUUCAGAAAUGUUGAAGUGGAGAGAUUAGAAUCAAGGGUUGUUGGAGAGCUUGCUUUGUAUGAGGGCGUAUGUAAAUCGGCCCGAGAGGAACUGAAAAGAAGCUUUAACACCAGGCAGCAGGAAAUGAACCAUAGAAGAAACCUGGAGAGAGCCAAGAGCAGACAUCCACAGAAUCGACAGCAGAUUGCAAUUGCAGAAACGAAGCUCCAGAAGGCCACAGUUGAAGCAAAAAGAGCAUGUGAAAACAUUGAAGAGCAGAUGGACCAGUUCGAACAGAGGAAGGUGACAGAUUUGAAGAGAAUACUGAAGGAGUUUAUUCAGACUGAACUAGCCUUCCAUGCUAAAGCUGUGGAGCUUUACACUAAGGCCUAUAACCAGAUUUCCAACAUAGAAGAAGAGGAAGAUCUUGAGGUAAGGAAAUCCGAGAAGGGCUUGGUAGAAUGGUAUACGGUUCUCUCAGAAAUCUGCAUUUUAUUUUAUUCUUUGUAUUGUUAAACCCCAAGUAAGAGGAAUUGUUUUGAGUGUUGUGAAUUUUUGAAUAUCAUUUACAUUAGAAAAUAGGAUAUGCCUAUUCGGAUUGAUGUACAGAAAUUAUUUAGCCUGUUAGAUAACAUACAUAUUAGUACUGUCUAGUGAAUAGAUGUUGAUAUAGCAGGAGGUAGCUCUGUGAUAUGCAGUAACAUAAUAAGAAUGAGAGAUGUUGGAAGAGGGAAAAAUCUAAGGUUUGGCUAGAUGAAAUAUGCCAUACAGUAUCAGAAUUACUAC